UCAGUGGAUCAGUGCCACCAGCCAAAGUAAACACAAUGAAGAAGCAGGCGAGUUUUCCUCUUUUAGUUGUAGCCUUCAUGUUGGUGACUUAUGAGGGUGAUUGUGUGGAAAUUGUUGGUGGGAGAGAGGUCCAAAAUCAUUCGAGACCCUACAUGGCGUAUCUCAGCACUAUGUGUGGCGGCGCUUUGAUUAAACCAGACUGGGUGUUGACAGCAGCACACUGCAAAAAGUUAAAUCAAAUUGAAGUGACUCUUGGAACUCAUUUACGAAUAGAAAAAGAACCAACAAGACAGAAAUUUCAAGUGAAGACUGCUGUUGUUCAUCCUUACUUUAAUAAUAAUACAUAUGUGAAUGAUAUAAUGCUCCUUAAGCUGAAUGCAAGCGCAACAUUGAACAAAUAUGUUUCACUCCUUCCACUUCCCAAACAUGGAGAAGAUGUCGAAGCAGGAACCAACUGCAGUGUUGCUGGAUGGGGUGCUACCAAGUUUGGUCGUUAUCUAGUAGACAAGAUGAGAGAAACAAAUGUUACUGUUGUAGAAAGAAAUGUGUGCAACAGUGCCAGCUACUAUGAAGAAAUACGCAUAACAGAACACAUGCUGUGUGCAGGUGAUCCAAAUGGAGACCAAGACACCUGUGAGGGAGAUUCAGGAGGCCCAUUACUGUGCAAUGGGAUCUACAGAGGAAUUGUCUCCUUCGGUAAAGGUUGUGGGCUGCCUAGAAAACCAGGUGUCUACACGCUCCUUACAAAAGAGUAUCUCAAAUGGAUACAAGGACUAAUUGAGGAUUAUUAAAUGUAAAUGCUUGUUUCAUGCAUCAGCGCCUCUUUCUAUGGUGCUGCUGCUGCUUGCUAUUAUUUUUAUUGUUUCAGAUUAUGCAAUAUACAG